ACCCCGCGCCGCCGCGCGUCCCGCGGAGUCUGCGUAGGGGUUGGCGCCGGAGCGGUGUUGCCGUCGGGGGCUGACGCCGAGCGCCCAGCCCGCGGUGUCGGCGGCGCGUUGGCGUCGGUGCGCCGCCGCGGCCCGGGAGCGUCGGCCGGGCGCGCUGGCACUGAACUGAGAAGAUGUCCCUGUACGAUGACCUGGGCGUGGAGACCAGCGACUCAAAGACAGAAGGCUGGUCCAAAAACUUCAAACUCCUGCAGUCUCAGCUCCAGGUGAAGAAGGCCGCUCUCACUCAGGCCAAGAGCCAGAGGACAAAACAAAGUACAGUCCUUGCUCCAGUAAUCGACCUAAAGCGAGGCGGCUCUUCAGAUGAGCGGCAGAUCGUGGACACUCCGCCGCACGUGGCCGCAGGCCUCAAGGACCCUGUUCCCAGCGGGUUUUCUGCAGGAGAAGUUUUGAUCCCCUUAGCUGAUGAAUAUGAUCCCAUGUUUCCUAACGAUUAUGAGAAAGUAGUGAAGCGCCAAAGAGAGGAGCGACAGAGGCAGCGGGAGCUGGAAAGACAGAAGGAAAUAGAAGAGAGAGAAAAGAGGCGUAAAGACAGACAUGAAGCUAGUGGGUUUUCCAGGCGACCCGAUCCAGACUCUGAUGAAGAUGAAGAUUAUGAGCGAGAGAGGAGGAAAAGAAGUAUGGGCGGAGCUGCCAUUGCACCUCCCACGUCUCUUGUGGAGAAGGACAAAGAGUUACCCCGAGACUUCCCUUAUGAAGAGGAUUCACGACCUCGCUCACAGUCUUCCAAAGCUGCUAUCCCUCCCCCAGUGUAUGAGGAACAAGACAGACCCCGAUCCCCGACCGGCCCUGGCAACUCCUUCCUCGCCAACAUGGGGGGCACGGUAGCACAUAAAAUCAUGCAGAAGUACGGCUUCCGGGAAGGCCAGGGUCUCGGGAAGCAUGAGCAGGGCCUGAGCACAGCGCUGUCGGUGGAGAAGACCAGCAAGCGGGGCGGCAAGAUCAUCGUGGGCGACGCCACCGAGAAAGACGCAGCCAAGAAGUCGGAUUCGAAUCCAUUAACUGAAAUACUUAAGUGUCCUACCAAAGUGGUCCUACUCAGGAACAUGGUUGGUGCAGGAGAGGUGGAUGAAGACUUGGAAGUAGAAACCAAGGAAGAGUGUGAAAAAUAUGGCAAAGUUGGAAAAUGUGUGAUAUUUGAAAUUCCUGGUGCCCCUGAUGAUGAAGCAGUACGAAUAUUUUUAGAAUUCGAGAGGGUUGAGUCAGCAAUUAAAGCUGUUGUUGAUCUGAACGGGAGGUAUUUUGGUGGACGGGUGGUCAAAGCAUGUUUCUACAAUUUGGAUAAAUUCAGGGUCCUGGAUUUGGCAGAACAAGUUUGAUUUUAAAAACUAGAGCCUGAGUCAUCUCCAGCGAUCCUUCGGCAAGCUGCAGAGUGAGCAGAGGAGAACAAGGCAUCAGGGGGGCCUUUCCUGGCUGUGGGUGCAGAGACUCUGUGAGGACUUCUAAGAUAUGUUGACUGAUCCCUUUUUUAUUUUGUGGUUUUUUAAUAUAGUAUAAAAAUCCUUU